GAAAAAAAAAGAAGUUAAGUAAUUUUUUUUUUCUGGGGAAUGCUUUAUUUAUAUUUGAUCCACACUGUCUGUGUAAUCUAUUAUGUAUGAACGCGCGAGAAAUGGGGGGUGGGUUGAAAGACGCGCAGAAUCGUGACUUUUAUAGACAAGGAGAAAAAUCAUGUUACUCACUUUCAUCAAAAAAAUUGUGGGUCUCCCAAAUCCAUUCAGACCCAGUCAAAAUGGGAGAAGAAAAUGUAAACAGUUUUUUUUUUUUUUUCUUUUUUAUUCUUUUUUAAUCAUUAUCACACCAUAACCAUGUCCAUUAAAUUAGAUCUUGAAAACUCGAUUAGUUUUGAACGCCCUUUAACACGUGUUGUCAAAAAGAAUAUUCGUAUCGAGAAUCCUCAUGACACACCUUUGGCUUUCAAAGUCAAGACAACUGCACCAAAGUUGUAUUGCGUUCGACCCAACUCGGAUAUUAUCCCACCUCGCGGUAUCGCUGAAGUUCAAAUCAUGCUUCAAGCACUCAAGGAAGAACCUGCUUUGGAUGCUAAAUGCAAAGACAAGUUUUUAAUCCUUAGUACACUUGUUGAAGGACCCUUAACCACCAUGAAUGUCACGGAUUUGUGGAAUUACGUCGAGAGAGAGCAAAAGGGCAGUAUUAAGGAACGCAAGUUGCGUUGUACAUAUAGCUUACCUGGACAACCCAGUGCUGCUCCUUCUGCACCUGUUGUCGCUGCUGCCACCACCACUGCUGCUGCUGCUGCUCCCGCUGUUAAACAGACACCAAAAGAAACCGAAGACGAAAUCAAGAUGAGAGAAAUGGAAAGAGAAAUCUCGAAAUAUAAAAAGGAGUUGGAAACAUUACGUGAACCCACUGUUGUUCAUGAAAAGGUGAUUGUUCAAACAAAUUCUUUCCCAUAUGGAGUUAUUAUUUUGUUUGCUUUACUAGCUCUUGCUGUUGCUUAUUUCUUGAAUAAAUAAGUUUGCCGAGGUUGAAGGACAUUGGGAAGAGAGAAGGGAAAAAAAAAAAAAAAAGAGAAAUAUCAAACAUACAAACAACGGUUUUUUUUUUUUACAUAUAC